AUGUUGGACAACGUCAAAAGAAAGUUGAAGAAAGUCUUCAAAGAUGGUGGCCACGGGCCAUACGACCGGCGGACCCCGUGGAAUGAGGGCGGCCUGCGCAACUCGACUCACGGUGCGCCAGGCGUCAUCACCGACCUCGACGGGGCACCUGAACCCCUCUGUCGCUGCCGGCGGCGCGCAGCCCUCAGGAAUGAUCACGUAGCAGAUCAACCCUUCGUCGAGCAGACUGCCCUCGGCCCCUCUCAGGGACAAAGGAGGCCGACGAGCCAAGUCCCUUCGGACGCCCAAGACCUCGUCGCCGGCCACGACCAGCCCCUCACCACCGCGCAAGCCCAAGGCACGCACCAAGCCAGCACCGGACGCGCAAUGGACACAGAACGGCCGAUGCAAUCGGCCGUCCUAGGCGAGCCGCAGGAACCAGAAGUUGCGCGGGUGCCGACCCUCGAGGAAAUGCCCUACCGGCCGGCUCCCCAGAACCUCCAUCAAUCAGCCGAGUCUGCUGCUCAGCAGCAGCAGCAGCAGGAUCUGAACACGCCUGCCGUUGUGGUCACGGAUGCCGAAGGGGAACGCGUGUCGGUGGAAUCCGGACCGAAACCACUUCAACCCGCCGAUCUCGGUACCGGAUCUAGCCCCGCGCCCGUGUCGGACCUACGGUACGUUUCGCCGGCGGAUAUGCAAGCUACGGCGCUGCAGGAGACGCACGCGACGCGAGACGAGCAGAGGAUUCUAGACCACGAGGCGAGCGAGCGCCAUAGGGAGUUCCCGCUCUCGGGGGCAAGAACCACGCCCAAGGCGUCCCGCGGACCGUUUGACGAGCAUGUGUGGGAAGCGGCGGAUGAGGACUCUAAGCACCGCGUCGACGAGCGUCCUGCGCAGGAUUCGUACGAGGAUAUCUUGCCGCCGCGAGUGUAUGAUGAUCAAACUCCCGAUCCCCUCGAUAACAGCACGCCGUAUACCUUUGCCGAUACGACGCGUUUGCCUGUCAACCCCAUCCAGCAACCCAAUCAAGACGUGCGGACAGACGAAGUCCCCGCUAUACAUACUCACGACGCGUAUGGCGAUGAAGAAGACCAUGAGGGUGGUGAUCUCGACGAUAGUUUCUACACGGUCCGUUCGCAGCCUGGCGCCGUCGCCGGAGGCGUGAGCGGGGGCGAUAGCGUUCAGCACCACGUGGAGUACACGACGGAGACGCGCGAUCCCGUCACGCACGAGGUCAUCAAACCCGAGGUGCACACGAUUUACGAGCCUCGUCGCACGCGUUCCAUCCACUUCCACGAGGUCAAGACCGUGUACCAGCCCAUUAUCGAUCCGGAGCCGACUGUGUUGCCGGAGCAGCACUGGAUUCAGGAUGAUACGGGCAAGAUGUACAAGAUCUCGGAAGAGCUGGGGAAGAAGCUGAUGGUGGAUGCUAGCUAG